CUCCGGAAUGAUUUCGCAGACGUACUGCAGUGGUGUCGUGUAACGUUUGUUGAUGUCCGUAAUUAAACCAUUGACAGGACAUCUCAUGAUCAAAUGUGGCAUUAAAUACAUACAUAUAAUCCAUGGUUCAUAGCGAUAAUGUUAUCCAGAUCUUAAUAUCUGCAUGUAGUCCCGAUGGUGAAAGGAAAGCAGAGAAGAGUUUUGCGCUAUGUGGAGGAGGGGAGUCUGAUGAAGUUAAAGUCAUUCCUUCGUAAACACAAAGAUCUGGAGCUGAACUUCACCCAGGGGAAGAAGCACAGAGGUCCUUUACACAUUGCCUGUUCUCACGGGGAUGAUGCAAUUCUCAGACUGCUGCUAAAACAUGGAGCAGAUCCCCUGCAAACCGACCGGAAAGGAGAGACACCUCUACAUCUGGCAGCAAAAAGAGCCCUCAAACAUGGCAAAAGAGCUUAUGGUGACCUGUUGGUGCCACUACGAAAAAACUGUCCAGAAGCCAUGGAUAUUGCCAAUAAAGCAGGAGUGACUCCUCAUGACCUCCUCCAGUGGAUGAAGCCUGAGCAGGGGAACGUCAAAAAUGAAUCCUCGUAUGUUGAUCCAGAGCAACAAUGGAGAGAGAAGCUGUUAGGCGAAUGCCAGGAUGAGUUUUUUGAGACAUUCGGACAGUAUGAUGGUGAUUUCUUAUGGGAUGAGAAAGAUGAGGAAGACUUUGGAAACUGGGCGGAUCGGAUCAGGCGAGAGUAUUUUACUAAGCAAAGGGCCAGAGAACAGAGACAAGCGGCUUCCUUAGGACACAAGAAGUCAAAGGGGCGGAAGGAGACGGAGGAAGAUGAGAAGAGCCGUAGGGAGCUGAGAGCCCGUCUGGAGAGGGAGCACGAGGAGUACCUGCAGCGUGCCGCUCGUAAGGAGGAGGAGACACGGCAGGGAAGGAAGAAACGCUAUGAGGAGCGCUGUGCCGCCACAUUUCACGGCUCCUCCAGCAAGGGACCUGAAGGACUGCUGGGAUAUGAUGACAUCCCGUGGCCUGCUCCCCGCGGGUCGCUGGAGGACAUGGUGGCCGUUAUGUUGCACGGUGCUGACCGAUCUGAUUUAUCCACUUUCCGAAAGGUGCUCCGUCGGCAGCAGGCCCUCUGGCACCCGGACAAGUUUUUCCAGCGAUGUGGAGGCCGUCUGGUGGACUCUGAUAGACAGAGGAUCCUCGACACAGUCACUGGACUCUCACAGGAGCUCAACAGACUCGCACAAAACCUCAGAUGACAUUGAUUCUAUGCUUUGAAUUAGUUUCAUUUUCAAGCUUUUAUGUGCUUAACACACCUUUUGAACAUUCAAAUAAAAAUAAAUUCUAUCUUAACCUAA